CGCCGACUCAGACAGUGCGAGCUGCUCAAUGAAAUUACGAAACGGGUUGUUUUAGAAACGCACUGUAAACCGGUGUCUCCAUGAAGAGCUUGCAGGCUCUGAGCUGACAUUCCUGGGUGUGAGGCUGGAAAUUGAAGACACGUGAACAAAACGAGACUGCAGAGCACGGAUCGAAGUGGCAGCAAUCGGAGAGACUCUCGAAUACAAAGGUGACCGCAGAGCGCUCUCUCAAAAAACGUGCCUCGCUUGCAGGAGAUCCUUCACCUCGUUAUUGCUUUUUCUUAAAAUGGGACCGGUCCGGUUUUGACCAGCAGUUCUAUGACAGUGGUGGUUGUUACUAAAGCAACGCUGUAAAACACAAAUUAAUUCUGAUCACACGAAGGAACUUAACGUCUUAAUCUGACUUCUCAGCACCAACCACCUCACAUCUGGACACUUCGGAUUCUUUCCGUGAGUGAGCGUAUAUCAGUCCAUGAGGAAGACCGUGAUUGGGAAGCACAGAAACUUGUCAGAAGGAGCACAGCUAUGGAUGACAGCAGGUCAAGAGGGAGCUAAGUUAGAAAGUCGAGACCAGAGAGAGACGGAAGUUUUCCUGUGAAGGUGCCGAGUGACGUGGAGGAGGCAGACUGCGAUAUCUGAUCGCUCGGUCACGGCGACUGCUGCUCUUCACUCAAGUUUCUCUUUGUAAAGACUGCAUGAAGUGACCAUCCAGAAGUGGACUGCAGACCAACAACACCACAGCUGAAGUGGUCACUUUUACAAGGAAAUAAAUACAAAGGCUUGCAAGCAAUCAAGAAGGGGAUUCCUCUUGUGGAUACGCUUACAUCUUGACCACUGAGAAUGCCAAUCCUGAAGCCCUCCCGCAGCUCUGGGAAUGGAGUUGGAGGUUCCCAGCGACGAGUCCGGCUGAAUGCCGCCAUGAUUUCGGCUCCACUGGGAGAUUUCAGGCACACCAUGCAUGUGGGCAGGGGUGGGGAUGCAUUUGGAGACACCUCGUUUCUAUCCAAUCAUGGCCCAGCAAAGGAUCCUGAAUCCCCCAAGCUCACCCCGUCCAAUAACAACAAUCACCACACUCCGCCUAUGUCUGACAGAAAUCCUGAACAUGAACUUGAUUCUUUCAAUGCCAGCGUCAAAACAAAAGCCACCAACAACAAUGGGAUCUCGAAAAGUGGAGAUAUGGAAAAAGUGAGUGAUGGGGGGUUUGGGAGAAAGGAAGAGUGCGGUGUAGUGGAAGGGGUGUCCAGUUUCUAUUCCUACACUAGCCCCCUCAACUCCCCCCUCAAACAUUCUGAAUCCAUCCUGUCCUUCAGCCUGGAUCUUGACUUGGGCCCCUCCAUGCUGGGAGAUGUACUGGGAGUGAUGGAGAAGGAAGGCGGUGGGGUGCGGGAUAUGGAGUGGACAGAUGAGAACUGUUAUCCAGAAUUCAGCCCUUUCCAAGAAGGGUCAAUCAGAAGAGAAGGGACAGCCCAAGAUCAGUGGAGUACAAGACUGGCAAAGCCAGCUGGACAGGAAGCCUCCCUUUCACAAGACGCUGGGUCAGCCAAUGGGACUGAAAUAUUUGCUGACUCCACCCCCACUGAGAGCCCGGACCACACCCCCACUAACAGGAGUCACACCUCCUCGGUGAGCUCAGAGUAUGAAGGGGUCACCGAGAAGAAGCCCAUUCGGGCAGGUAGUCAGUCCUCCGCCCAUCGGUCAGAAUCGGAAGGAGAGGAGAGCACCCACAGCUACACAUUUGAAGACGAGAUCGACGAGAUGGAUGAUGAGAUUGGCCUGUGAACAAGGCGAGAUACCCAACUGUGGAUUACAAUGCAAACCAUUUCUUUGAACUGACGCAAGUGAAGUGCCAAAGAGACCACACUGGGUGGGGUGGCAGAAAGCAAUGCUUGCAGUUUCUAAUUUGUGUUCUUUUCAUUCAAGGGAGGAGGCAAAUCAUUCCAGUAUAGUCGCAUCUACCUGCAUGACAAUUUAGUUAUUUCAAAUUGUUCCAUUGUUUUAUUACUCUCUCAAUAAUUCCCCCCUUUGGCACCCUCAUAUAUUCAUAUGUAUUGCAUGAACACCUCCAUAGAUAUGAAGCUGAAGGGUAAAGAUGGAGUUGACACUUUCUGGUGUAUGGGCUCAUUAUAACGGGAUCGGACAAAAGUCUUUAUGGGAACGAAGUGUAAAAUGCAUAUUUUCAUAAAUGUCACAAAUAUGCUAAAAAAAAAAAAAAAAAUCAAAAGAUCUAAGACGGGAUGUAAAUCUCGGCAGAUGUUGUCUCAUCAUUUCCUGAUAAGCUUAUAUUGGAAGUCGUACACGGAUGCGUCUUUGAUUUUUAAAUAUAACUAACUGACUUUUGAAUUUUUGAAUUCUUUUGCACAAUUUGGAGGUUUAAUGAAGCCGCAUUUAUGAUUAGAUGAGAACGAAAGAACUCCAGCCAGUAAAUAAGAAAAAGUGAUCAGGCCAUUAGCUGUUGGGUUUGAUUCAACUAGUCGUGUUCAGAGACGCCAUUCACACUGGAAGUCGCACGCUCUCGUUGUUAAUUUGAAAGAGGGGUCACAUUUUUGAACCAAUAAUUCUUUCCAGAACACAAGUGAUGGAACAAAGCUGAGUCUUUUAUAAUCGACAAGGGGAAUAAGCAAACAACCGAACUGAAAACUAAUACGCUAACUCCAAACUCGGUUGGUUCAUUUUUAUUUUUGGGCAGAUCGCUACUUUCUAUAUUCGAAAAUGUGACCGGAUUUUUGGACUAUUAAACUCCUUGUGAACAUUCUAAAUUGUUCGGUUCAGUCCGCGUUAAUGUACGUAGGUAGACUAGAGAGCCGUGACGUGUGUUUUUUUUUUUAUUUAUAGAAGAAUGCUAAAAUUUCCUGGAUGGAUAAUGAAACGAAUGAAGAAAUAUUAAAAAGAGCACAGGUGGGAAGGCAUGUAGUAAGUGGGGGGUUCCUGGAGGACCACAGUGGCUGCAGGUUUUCAUUUGAACCCUUUUCUUAAUUGGUGACCAGUUUUUGCUGCUAAUUAACUCCUUUUCCAUUCAUUUUAAUUGACUUGUUUUUUAAAAGAUUUGUUGAUUUUCUCUUUUCUAAGACCACCGUUUUAAAAUGUUUUGGGGACCUGAGCAGAUCAACAUUUCUGAGCCCUUCACAAAUUCUUUAUUUUCAGCUAUUUUAUGAUGGUCACCAGUUGUUUUGGCUCCUUUUGUAUCUCAUGAUUGUUUAGCAGCUAAUUAAGGAAAAAGAAACAAGGGGUCUGAGUCUUCAAGAGCAACUCAAUUAAAAUGAAUUCAAAAGAAGUUCAUUAGCAGCAAAAACUGGUCACUAAUUAAGAAAAGGGUUAGAAUGAAAACCUGCAGCCACUGUGGACCUCCAGGACCAGAGUUUUGGGACCCCUGAGAUGCAGUAUUUGUAUCCUCUAUUCUUUAUUUGGGGACCCAUCAACAGAGCUGAAGGCAUUGAAAGUGUUGUAUUGCUGGGUAAAAAUUAACGGAGAGCAGAAGACGGAGAAAACACCUUCACUGUCAGAUGGUUUGGGAACAACAGGAGUUGCAGUGAGAUUUUGUAGUAUGGCAAGGAAAGGAGACAAGCGGAAGUUCAUGAUCGCAGAGGCUAAAAGUGACUUAAACAAAAUUGCGUCUUACUGUUGGUGUUCACAGCCAGAACGAAGAUGGUGGCCAGACGAGCAUCGUCCCCUCUCUAUGGCUGUUUUCGGCCUUGUUCAUCACUUGCAGAUGAGACGGACGCACUUCACCGUGAGCCAUGCAUACGCCUCAUCACUUCCUAAAUUUGAUAGAGGUGGGAUAAAGCAGGGGAUUUUCUUUAAGAAUUGAUGGUCAGGAAAGGCAAUGAGACGUCUGCUAACUCGACAGGGUCUUGCUGUCUAAUAUGUUCUUCACUUUCCACAACACCCAUCUGAAAAUACGAGUUCUAAAGUCUUCAUAUUCACAGUUGGCCGAAUGACGCAGUAACUCUUCAUAUUGGUCUUCAAUGCAGGCAGGAAGUACAUAAAACGGAAAAGAAAAUCUGCUAACUUUACAGCUGUAGUUAAUUUGUCAUCUUUAUAAGAACACACCCGCGUUUGGGAGAGGUGCCAAAGUUUUGAACCACUUCAUCACAGGAGACGGACAAAGCAGUGCAUUUUACUAGAGGGGGUCUGAAGCGGCCCUCCAACUGAAAAGAAAUCGGCUGCCUGUUUGGCACCUUUUGUCCGCGCGCUCUUUACAGUUCAUAGGUGAAAGUGCGGCCAGAUUUUCAACAAUUGGAUUCUAUGAAACUAAUAACAUGCAUAGUGGUGGUCUUCAAAAGAGGAAUUAAUAAGGGGGCCACCAACAGCUGUUUAUUUUCCGCUUUGUUCGACAUUUCUAAAUAACCGAGCAGAACUGGAAACUGCACACCGAUGCAUCACAACUUCCUAGUUAAAAACGUGCAACAAAUUAAUAAUCAAGAAAAUGUGCCAGCGUUUGAUUUCACACCAGAUGGAGUCGUGUGGGUUAAUAAAGUACGUGAGAUGAGUGUGACGUGAGGGGAGUGUGUGUGUGGGGGGGGGGCAGCUUCAUCUUUCACUAACUUCCAUGGCCUUGGGGGGUUUGGGGGGUAGUCUUCUGAUAUGCCGGUGUGACCAACAGCGUGAACUUUGCCCUUUAUGAUGUCAUUUGUUGUUUAUUUUAUUUUGUUUUUCCAGGCAGAAGAGGGUGCUGUUUUGGGGAAAGUGUUAUUUUAUUUUAUUUUUUUUAGUACUGGUAUUCCACACUAUGUAGGGGAUCCUUCACAUUCCAACUCUUUACAAAUAAUGUAGGAUGAAAGGUAAAAUCUUAUAUUUUUAUAUCCUUUUUAGAAAUACUUAAAUGGAGCAAGCUGUUUUGUAAAGAAUUUUGUAAAAAACAAUCAUUAUUUUGUAAAUAAUUUGGUAUACUCUAUGCUUUUCAUUAUUAUUAUUAUUAGCAUAAGACAAUUAUCAUAAUGAUUUUGUUUUUCCUUAUCUAUGCAAACUGCAUUACCAAUAAAGUAGUUUCUUAGAAGCACCGAG